AUUCUCCAUAUCCCGGUGAUCCUCUUUCCUGCGCUCGAGCUCCAGCAGUACGGCGCGCUUUUCAUUUAUUUUAAAUAUACAGAUCAAAUAUGUUUUUCUCCUCCUCUGAUGAAUUUACUGAGAUAAUGUUAAACAGAAAACGAGCGGAUUUUUGUAUGUAGCCGCGGGACAGGAUCGGCGACACCAGGGCACACGGAGCGGAGAGGAGAGCGAUUCUACGGCUUAUUAUAACCCCGGGACAUUGGACGUUAUUCGACGGUACUUUGGAUUACUUUGUUUUUCCCCCCACUGAACUGGACUCAGACAAAUCCAGGAUCAAGAUCAAGAUGCACCGCAGCUGAACCCACGAGUCCGGGAGUCCUGGUGGUGAAAUCGGACUGGACAGACCUCCAACCUCCUUGGUGCUGGACAGGAACUGAAUCAAGAUGACUCUCAGCGGUGCGAUAUUAAGCCUUCUCGCGUUGCUCGUCUUUCUCUCCGCCGGAUCAUCGGCUGCGACUCUGAGCGCUCGUAGAGACACCAUCCUGGGUUCGGAGACUUUCGGCGAUGUGGCAAACUUCAGCACCUUCUUGCUGGACCGCACAUCCGGCAUGCUGUUCCUGGGUGCCAGGGAUGCCAUACUGGCUGUAGACACCAAGAAGCUCAAUGAAAAAAACCCAUUAAAGAUUAUUUGGGAUGUCUCAGACGACAAGAGGAAGUCAUGUGAGGGAAAGGGAAAGACAGAGGGCGACUGCAGGAACUACAUCCGACUGUUGGAGUUCCUGGGAGAUGGUCGCAUCUAUGUGUGCGGCACCUAUGCUUUCGACCCUCAGUGUGCCUUCUUGAAUGCCACUACCUUUACUCUGGAAGAAGUUGAUGGAGUGGUGAGGAUGGAGUCAGGGAAGGGAAAGUGUCCUUUUGAGCCUAGUCAGCAUUACACAGCUAUUAUGGCAGAUGGUCUCCUUUACACAGCAGCUACCAGCAACUUCCUGGGAACACUCUUCGACAUCUCCCGGGCAACGGGCCCUGAGCAGGAGCGCAUCCGAACUGAACGAUCCAUCAACUGGCUCAGCGACCCAGAAUUUGUCAGCUCCGCUUUCAUAGAGCAGUCCGCAGGAAACCCGACAGGAGACGAUGACAAAAUCUACUUCUUCUUUAACGAGGUGGCCAAAGAAUAUGACUUCUACACCAAAGUCAAAGUACCCAGGGUGGCCCGGGUCUGCAAGUCUGAUGUGGGAGGGAUGAAGACUCUGCAGCGACGUUGGACCACCUUUCUCAAGGCUCAGCUGGUGUGCGAGGACAAGCCCAGCGGCCAGCGCUAUAACGUCCUAACUGAUGUUUUCACCAUGCAACAUAUUCCAGGCGACCCCAGCAGCACACACUUCUAUGGACUGUUCACCUCCCAGUGGGAGCAAGUAGACCUGUCGGCCGUGUGUGUUUUCAGCCUGUCUGACAUCAGCAAAGUGUUGGAUGGUCCGUUUAAAGAGCUGAAGAAAAGCUGCGACAACUGGAUCAAUCAUGAGCCGAUCCCCUCACCGCGGCCUGGCCAGUGUUUAAACAGUGCAUUAAAGGCUGAGGGCUUUGAGUCCUCCCUAAAACUUCCUGACAAGGUGCUGACAUUUGUGAGAGACCACCCUCUGAUGGAGAACAGUGUGACUGCAGCAUCCCUGCUGGUUCGAAAGGGAAUCAGUUACACCAAACUGGCUGUAAAUCUGAAGGACGGCAGCGAGGAGCGGAGGGCAGCAGUGCUGUAUCUAGGAACAGACCGUGGGGAACUCCACCAGGUGGCAGUAGUGGGCCAGAAUGUCACCUUACUGCAGGAGACUCCUCUGUUCACAUCACAGGAACCUGUUAACAAUAUAUUGUUGCACAAGGGCCACGCUCUGGUGGGCAGCCCUCUGUCUCUGGCUUGUGUCCAAGCUGAAGGCUGCGCUCUGUAUCGCAGCUGUGAGGUGUGCGCCAGAGCCAGAGGACUGGGCUGUGUGUGGAGCACAAAGGAGGAAGCCUGCAAGCCAACAACAGAAGAGUGAGUACU